AAUUUAUAAAUAGGGGUAAGGAGAAGCUGGGAAGAGCCCAUAGAGACCAUAACUCCUCUCCCUUGUCUUCCAAGAACAGAAAUGGUUGCUCUACUGUCUUCCUGGCCUUGGAACAGCUUGGGUGUGUACAAGUAUCUCCUAUAUGGGCCUCUAAUAGCCAAGGUCAUGUACUCAAGUGCAUGGGAGCAAGGGCAACCAGAUCGAUGGUGCCUCCACGUACUAAUCCUCUGCGUCCUCAGAGGGCAAGUCCACCAGCUGUGGUGCUCCUUCGGUAACAUGCUCUUCCUCACCCGAAGGCGCCGAGUUCUGGGCGAUGGAGUCGACUUCAAACAGAUCGACAAGGAAUGGGAUUGGGACAACUUCCUAAUCCUUCAAUCCUUCAUUGGAGCCUUGGCUUGUCACAGCUUUUCUUCCAUCAGAAAUCUGCCUCGGUGGGAUCCAAGGGGGGCGCUCGUAGCUUUGCUCCUCCAUGUGGGGGUCUCAGAACCCCUGUUCUAUUGGGUGCACAGGGCGUUCCACAGAGGCUACCUCUUCGCCCGCUACCACUCCCUCCACCACUCCAUUCCCGUGCCCCAGUCCUUCACAGCUGGAUUUGCCACGCCUCUGGAGCACCUCUUCUUGUGCGUGGUGAUGGGUGCGCCCCUCCUCGGCGCCUGCUUCUUGGGAACUGGCUCUGCUGGCUUGGUCUAUGGCUAUGUCUUGCUCUUUGAUUUCUUGAGGUGCAUGGGGCACAGCAAUGUGGAGGUGCUCCCCCAUGGGCUCUUUCAGGCUCUCCCUUUCCUUAGAUACCUCAUCUACACCCCAACGUACCAUAGCCUCCAUCAUACUGAGAAGAACUCCAAUUUUUGCCUUUUUAUGCCUUUCUUUGAUGUCUUGGGAGGUUCGAUUAAUGACAAGUCAUGGGAGUUGCACAAGGAGAUAAGCUUAGGUAAGAAUGAUGAAGUUCCCGACUUCGUCUUCCUCGCCCAUGUAGUGGAUGUGUUCUCCUCCAUGCAUGUACCAUUUGUUUUUCGCACCUUUGGGUCGAUGCCACUCUCCACGAAGCCCUACUUGUUGGUGCUGUGGCCAGGUGCAUUCAUGGUGAUGCUCAUGAUGUGGGCUUGGUCCAAGACUUUCUUGAUCUCUUUCUACAAGCUUCGGGGUCGCUUGCAUCAAAUGUGGGCAGUCCCGCGGUACGGGUUCCAGUACUUCCUACCCUUCGCUAAAGAUGGCAUCAAUGAACAGAUUGAGCUGGCCAUUCUAAGGGCUGAUAAAAUGGGCGUGAAGGUCCUCAGCCUUGCAGCAUUGAAUAAGAACGAAGCUCUCAAUGGUGGUGGAACGCUGUUCGUGAGCAAACACCCAGAUCUUAAAGUGCGAAUUGUCCAUGGCAACACCUUAACAGCGGCCGUCAUCCUCAACGAGAUUCCCAAGGACGUAGAGGAAGUCUUCUUGACGGGUGCCACAUCCAAGCUAGGACGGGCAAUCGCAUUAUAUCUGUGUCAGAAAAAAAUCCGAGUCUUGAUGCUAACUCUAUCAGCAGAAAGAUUUCAGAAAAUUCAGAAGGAAGCCCCACCAGAAUGCCAACACUAUCUUGUUCAAGUCACGAAAUACCAAGCAGCACAGAAUUGUAAGACAUGGAUCGUCGGUAAGUGGUCAUCACCUCGCGAGCAGCGGUGGGCACCGCCGGGAACCCACUUCCACCAAUUUGUGGUUCCUCCUAUUAUUGGCUUCAGGAGGGACUGCACCUACGGAAAACUGGCUGCCAUGAGGCUUCCCCAGGAUGUGCAAGCACUAGGAUCGUGUGAGUACACACUGGAACGAGGUGUGGUUCAUGCCUGUCAUGCGGGAGGGGUGGUGCAUCUCUUGGAAGGAUGGACUCAUCACGAGGUUGGUGCGAUUGACGUCGACCGAAUUGAUGUCGUGUGGAGAGCCGCGCUGAAGCACGGACUGACGCCCGUUUGAUGGAGAACCAUUCGAACCAACCAACGCACCCACCUGCAUUUAUCUCGCCAUUGUUUUCUUUAAGCUCUCCUACCUCUAUAUGUAAUGGACACGCAUGGAUGGGGAUUUGUGUUGAAGAAAUCCAAUAGUAUUGUGGCUCGCGCCAUAAUGCGAUUUAUUUGAGCAUAAGUGAGGACUCUUAUUUUUAUACUCUAAUUAAUAAAAAGAUUUACCAACA